GCCUGCCUCACUCUGUCUACUUCUUCACCCUCGCUCUGAGAGAUUGAUAAUGGCGGACGAUACUCGUUCGUUUGAGUUGAACACCGGAGCCAGGAUCCCUUCGUUAGGGUUAGGGACCUGGCAAUCAAGCCCUGGCCUUGUCGGCGACGCCGUCGCCACCGCUGUUAAGGGAGGAUAUCCCCAUAUUGAUUGUGCUCAACGCUAUGGCAAUGAGAAGGAGAUUGGUUUGGUUCUGAAGAAGCUGUUUGAAGACGGUGUGGUGAAGCGCGAGGAUUUGUGGAUCACCUCCAAACUCUGGUGUACCGAUCAUGCGCCAGAAGAUGUGUUAGAGGCAUUGGACAGGACUUUGCGAGACUUGCAGCUUGAUUAUGUUGACUUGUAUCUUAUGCACUGGCCAGUUCGUUUGAAAAAGGGGUCAGUAAGUUUUGCUCCUGAAAACCUUGUUGAACCAGAUAUCCCUUGCAGUUGGAGAGCAAUGGAAACUCUCUAUGAUUCGGGUAAGGCUCGAGCUAUUGGUGUGAGCAAUUUUUCAACAAAGAAGCUCUCUGACUUGCUGGACGUGGCACGUGUUCCUCCUGCUGUUGUCCAAGUGGAAUGUCAUCCUUCAUGGCAGCAAGCCAAGCUGCAUUCUUUCUGCAAAUCCAAGGGAGUUCACGUUUCAGGCUAUUCACCACUGGGUUCUCCUGGCACAACAUGGAUCAAAGGUGAUGUCCUUCAGAAUCCGAUUCUUCACAUGGUCGCAGAGAAACUAAAGAAAACUCCUGCACAAGUUGCUCUUCGAUGGGGACUGCAAAUGGGUCAUAGUGCUCUUCCUAAGAGUACUAAUGAAGCAAGGAUCAAGGAGAACUCUGACGUCUUUGGCUGGUCUAUCCCGGAGGACUUGUUAGCUAAGCUUUCGGAGAUUGAGCAGGCAAGACUGGUCAGAGGGACGAACUUUGUUCAUGAUACUUUUGGUCCCUACAGGAGUGUUGAGGAGUUGUGGGAUGGUGAAAUUUAGAGUCAGAUGAGUGCUUCUAUGGAAGAAAUUUGGAGCAUUUUUUUCUUUUUUCUAUUUUUAAAAAUAGUGAGAUUGGAUAUUUAUGGUUUGCAUGAUCAUCAUGACCCAGAUAUUUUGGUAUUGUCUAACGUUUUGCUUCAGUUAUCGAACUCUGGCGGGUGCAACCCAUAUCGCCUUAGCCGACUGUCCUAACCCACAUAUGCAUUGGGUCACCUUGUUUAUAAGAAAUAAAAUCAGACAGAUCAGCCCAUUAUC